AUGAUUUCGAGCGAAGUUGACUUGAAUAGCUAAGUACUCUGUGUAAUUUUUGUAACAAAAGAUCAAAUAUUUAUAAAAAAAGUCAAUAAUAAUAUCAAAAUGGGCUUUAAGGAUGUUGAAUGGUGCAAAAAAACGCCAACAAUGAUGACGUCACGGGCCCAAAGCAUCAUCGUCAUCAAUAUCGUCUUCGGCAUAAGCGGUUACAUCUACCUAAUAAUAAAGAACCAGUCUGGGUUUCUUGUUUGUGCAACUCGUUUCGAUCAGGCUAUAUAAAUUGUGGCGCACUUUGUCCGAACGCCAGUUUUCUCCUAGCUCUUGUUUGGGUAAGAACUUUGAUUAUAGCUUCAAAAUGGUAAAAUACGCUAUUGCCUUCGUUUUGGCCUUUGCGGCUGUAGCUACUGGUUUUCCUCAACACGAGCAGCAUCCCGAUGGAAGUGAACAUUACCCAGGAGAUGGACAUGAUCAUCACAUUGUAAGGAUUGUUCGUCACAUUGCUAUGCAGAAUGGACCAGAACAUUACCCUGGAGAUGGGCAUGACCAUCAUGUUGUUAGAGUAGUCCGAGAAGCUGAUCCCACUCAUCACCAUGACCAUUACCAUGGACAUGGGCACGGCCACGGUCACGGUCAAGUUCCUUACCCUCACGGUGGCGGUUUUGGACAUGGUGUUGGCCCAGUAGGUAUCGGUCAUGGAGGUAUUGGUCAUGGACAUGGAGUAGCUCCAGGCUACGGCGGAUUCAACAAUGGAUUUGGUAAUGCUAACGCUAAUGCUCAAGCCAAUGCUCAAGCUUCUAGUUUUGGCGUCGGUGGACCUUUUGGUGGUUCGAGUGGAUCAUUUGCUCAGGCCAAUGCUAAUGCUGGAGCAUUCGGUAGAUAAAUUGGUUCAUUAACAAAAACAGAUAUUAGUUAAAAUUCACAUUGAAAACAUAAACUAAAAAUAAUCUGACCAUUUGAACAUUAAGACGCUCAUCAAAAAUAUAGUAAAUAUAAUUUAUUGGCAUUAAUGUUUAUGGUAAUCUUUAUAAAAUUUGUAAGAUAUUUAAGUUCUUAUAAUGUUUUAAAUAAGUUGUAUAAAUAAACUUAACUUUAU